AUGCCACUAUGUUCUUUCAUGGAGGACUUGACCUUGGACCCGUUUCCUGACGAAAUCGUGAGCCCUAACAUGGUUUUCAAACACAACAGAAACCCCAGUCUCAGUCCCUCGAAAAUACCCGUCCCCAUCCCAGCACAGAUUUUCCCGUCUAGCCCCCAAACGCAAGUCCGUUACCCACUGACAAGGAAACGACCCCCAUCCCCUGGAUUUUUGACAAAAGAAACCACGAUCAAGUCUUUUAACUUUUCUGCAGGCGGCGAGUGGGACCAAGAGGCUCGGGAACAGAACGUGGAGUACUUUGUGGAUGCCUUUAUGGAUCGUUGGACUCAGCAAGGGCAGGAUGUAUCGGGUUACAAGGAGUUGGCCGAUAUGUACAAGUCACGAGUCGGUGAACUUGAAGAAAAAGGGAAAGCCCAAACGGAGGAAAACAUACGUUUUCGCGCUGAACUUGAACAGAGCAGGUUACGCAUCGCGGCGGCGGAAGACGCCUUGAGACAUGCCCAGCGGGAUCACGAGAUCGCAUUGGACGAGCUCGUGUCUCGUCAGCGUGCAGAGAGUGAAUCCGUCAGGUAUGAAGGCCAGAAGAGCCUUCAGGCAUUACAGGCACAACAUGAGUCGGAGGUCGACGAACUGAAACGACGAUUUGAGCGUGACUUGGAGGACGAGAAGUGUGCGCGACUUCGAGAAAUGAACAAGCUUCACUCACAGACCGCUCUUGAUGCCCAACUCUCGCAAAUUGAACUUGAUAAAACAAUGAAGGAGCUUGCGGCAACCCGAGAUGAUCUCCAAUCAGUCCGGGCCGAACUUGAUCGGGAACGAAAGAAUACCAAUAAUCUCCGGCACAAUCUGGAUACUGCCACUUCCAACAGCGUAACCUUGGAGUCUACCAUCAGCGCGCUAAAGGCCAGAAUUGAAUUCCUAGAGUCUGGACGGGAGGAGCAAUCCGAGGCUUUUGAACGGUUGAACCAGCAGAUGAUGGAUGCUAUGGCCGAGACUAACACGGCCAAAGAGAAGCUCAGAAGGGAAGAAACCCUCAGGCGCAAACUACACAAUCAGGUGCAGGAACUCAAGGGCAACAUUCGGGUGUUCUGCCGUGUCCGCCCCACGUUAGGAAACGAAGGUGUUUCGGAUGCAGCUCAAUUCACGUAUCCGGACGAGACCGAGGAUUCCAAGGAAAUCAACAUAAUCGGCCCCGAGGAGAAGAGCACUCUUGGAACGGUGACGAGAAAGAACCACAAUUUUUCGUUUGACCACGUCUUCGGUCCGUCAGCGCAAAACGGCGACGUUUUCGACGAGAUCAGCCAGCUUGUACAGAGCGCCCUCGACGGAUACAAUGUCUGUAUCUUCUGCUACGGCCAGACCGGGAGCGGUAAGACUCACACUAUGUCCUCGCUGGACGGCAUGAUCCCCAGAGCAGUGCAUCAAAUCUACGAGACGGCCACGAGCCUCGAGGAGAAGGGCUGGAGGUACACGAUGGAAGGCAAUUUCGUGGAAGUCUACAAUGAGAAUCUGAAUGAUCUCUUGGGCAAAGCCGAAGAGCUGGACAAGAAGAAGCUUGAGAUACGACACGAUAUGCAGAAGGGCAAAACGAUCAUCACCGAUGCUACCACUGUGCAACUCGAAUCCCCAGAGAUGGUUGAAUCCCUCCUUAAGAGAGCGGCAGCCAAUCGCUCGGUGGCGGCUACCAAGGCGAACGAGCGCUCGUCCCGGUCCCACUCAGUCUUUAUUCUCAAGCUCAUCGGCGAGAAUUACAUCACCGGCGAACGCAGUGAAGGAACCCUAAACCUGGUCGACUUGGCUGGUUCCGAAAGACUAAGCCACAGUGGUGCAACUGGAGACAGGUUGAAGGAGACGCAAAACAUCAACCGCAGCUUGAGCAGCUUGGGAGAUGUGAUUGCAGCUCUAGGGCAGGGCAAGAAAGAGGGCCAUAUUCCUUACCGAAACAGCAAGUUGACAUAUCUUCUCCAAUUCUCGCUGGGCGGGAACUCGAAGACCCUCAUGUUCGUCAUGGUCAGCCCAUUGCAAGCCCAUCUCUCCGAGACCUUGACUAGUCUCAAGUUCGCCACAAAGGUGCACAACACCCACAUUGGAACGGCAAAGAAACAGACUCGCGUCCGCGACGUCUAA